UUUAUGCUGCACAUAAAAUGGCUCCAUUUCAAUUUGAAUAUAACAAAUAACCUAAACCUAUUGUUGAUUCGACUGAUGAUUUCUAUUUCCAAAAUCAUAUUACUAAUGAUAUUGGAGAUAGUACUGUACUUGCAUCAUAAUUUAUGGCUCCAGUUAUUAAAUGGAUUUAUGAACAUCAUCAUGGAUUAACCAAUAUCCCAACUAAAUUAGUUGAGUAUUGUUCAUAAUAUAAUGGAGAUGCUGUAUGUAUCAUCUAUCUAUGAUUCUAAAGAUUCUUAAGGAUAAAAAUUAUUUACACAAUCAGGAUAUUUAGGUCUUACUUGUUCUUGCAAAUUUUAAAAACUGCAUUCUUUAUUAUUAAUCUAUUUUUAGGGAAUUGAUCAUUGUGGACAUCCUUGUAUGAUCUAAGAUACCUUAUUCAUACAAUUCUCUUCUGAUAUCUUAAUGACGAAACUGAACUCAAAAAUAUUCAUGAAGGAUGUACCAAUUUUAACAUUCCAAAUUCUAUGUAAAUAUUAAUUAUAUUUAUUUAUUUUAUUUUAUUUUCAUUCCUAUGAAUUAAACUAACCUACCUUUAUGUCAUAUUCAUCAAUUACCUAUCAUCUAAAUUACUUUAAUUACUUCACCUAAUGA